AUUUUUUCGGACGGUAGAAACGGAAGGGGGAGAGCGCAGAGGAGAGGCGAGGCGAGACGCCACCGAAAGAGGAGAGAGCCAUCAGCCAUGGGAGGAGGCGUCAUGCGCACCGCCGCGAAGGUCGGCCUCGCCGGGGGCGCCGCGGCGGCGGCGGGCCGCUUCCGCAACGUCGCCCCGUCCUUCGCCACGGCCCCCGCGGCCGAGGCCGCCGCGGCGGCGCCGCUGCUGUCCGCGGCCGGGGAGAUCCCGCCGGUGGCGCCGGCCGGGUCGCAGUGGGCGUCCUGGGAGGUGGACGACUGGGAGUUCGCGGACUGGAGGUCCGAGUCGGCGUCCGAGGCCGACGUGGCCGUGGUCGGGGGGCCCAGGCUGGUCUUCGCCCCGCCCUCGCGGGAGGAGGCCGAGGAGGCCACCGCCGAGCUCCGGGAGGCUAUUGACAGGGUUUAUUUUAAAGAGACUCCAGUAGAAGUUGUUAAGGAACAUGAUCAAGAGCUUAGCAAGCUGGGAGCCGAUGCAUUAAUUCCUGCUAUGCCGGGACAUGUAGUGCAGGCUUUUACAUUGUUAAAAUCAAGCCCAGAGGCACAGAGCGUUGUUGCCUCGCUUGCAUCAGAUAAAAAUGUGUGGGACGCGGUGUUGAAGAACGAGAGGGUUAUGGAAUUUUACAAGAGUCACCAGCAAACUCUGGUCAAUACUUUUCCUGAGGGCACCGACUCUAGUGACUCAGUAGAGUCACCGGAGAAAUUUGAAGAGGCAUCCCCAGAAUAUGCACUUCCCACUGCCUCGCCUUUGUCGGACUUUGUGGACAAUGCGAAGAAGACGAUGAUGGAGAUGGUUGACAACAUAACCAACUUCUUCCAAGACCUGUUCCACAACCCGGCAGAAGCUGAGGCCCGACCGGGCUCAUCCUCUAAAAAGCCUUCGUUCGCGGAGAUGGCGGCUGGCGGAUCUUUCAUGGCUCUUGCCAUGGCGGUCAUCCUAGUUGUUCUGUUCAAGAGGGCAUGAACAUAUACUACAAGUUCAAACGCCCUUGAUGCCUAUUGGGACUUAAAUCUGUCGAAAAUAACUCGUGUUAUGAAGAACUAUGGAUGUAUUGUACAGCGUGUGUCUCCUGCCGUACUGUGUCAGUUAAAACUUCCGAGUGUUGAGACCAGUUUAAUAAAGACAUGUUAUGCUCCUGGUUAA